AUGCAGGCUAUCCCUCGCUCCGUUCUGCGCCCGGCUGCGCUCCGCCAGGUCACCAGUCGCGCCUACAGCUCCAGCAGCUCGCCCUACGCGCAGACCAUUGAGAACCUGCGUAUCAACGGCGAUACCAAGGUCCUCUUCCAGGGCUUCACUGGCAAGCAGGGAACCUUCCACGCCACGCAGGCCAUCGAGUACGGCACAAAGGUCGUCGGCGGUACCAACCCCAAGAAGGCCGGCCAGACUCACCUUGACCUCCCCGUGUUCAAGAAUGUGAGCGAGGCUGUCAAGGAGACUGGCGCCACCGCCACUGCUCUCUUCGUGCCCCCCCCUCUGGCCGCCGCCGGUAUCGAAGAGGCCCUCGAGGCCGAGAUCCCCCUCGCCGUCUGCAUCACCGAGGGUAUCCCCCAGCACGACAUGGUCCGCAUCACCUCGAUGCUCAAGUCGCAGAGCAAGACGCGCCUCGUCGGCCCCAACUGCCCCGGCAUCAUCGCCCCGGGCCAGUGCAAGAUUGGCAUCAUGCCCGGCUUCAUCCACAAGCGCGGCCGCAUCGGCAUCGUCUCCCGCUCCGGCACCCUCACCUACGAGGCCGUCAACCAGACCACCCAGGCCGGUCUCGGCCAGUCCCUCGUCGUCGGCAUCGGCGGUGACCCCUUUAGCGGCACCAACUUCAUCGACUGCCUCAAGGUCUUCACCGAGGACCCCGAGACGGACGGCAUCAUCAUGAUUGGUGAGAUUGGUGGCUCGGCCGAGGAGGACGCCGCCGAGUUCCUCAAGCAGGCCAACACGGUCGGCCGCGGCAAGCCCGUCGUCAGCUUCAUUGCUGGUAUCUCGGCGCCCCCUGGCCGCCGCAUGGGCCACGCCGGCGCCAUUGUGGCCGGUGGCAAGGGUGGUGCCGACACCAAGAUCAAGGCGCUCGAGGACGCCGGCGUCAUUGUCGAGCGCUCGCCCGCUGGGCUGGGCAGGGCCCUUUACGACGAGUUUGUCCGCAGGGAUCUCCUGUAA